UAGUAUAGUUAACGUAAAUCCAAUUAAUCAGGCUUUAGCUGAACAUAAAAUUAAAUUAAGCAAAAUAGGAGCAGACUAUACUUGUAGAAUCUAUAGUGGUAGAAAUGAUUCUUAUUGUCAAAGUUUACGAGAAUUAGCAUGUAGACAAGUAGUAAGCUAA